AUGCUUUCUAUUUGUUUUAUGCUAUUUUUUGGAUUGGUUUUCUCGGAGCAAAUUCGAAUUGAUUUGACCGAAAUCGAUGCCUCGUAUGCGGUUGAUGGGACUAAAUUUGAUAAUAUGACUAGCUUGUUCAUCCUAACUCCAACGGGAAACGAUCGAAUCGUCGUGCAAGCUUAUUUCGAGGAACAAAAUGAAACGGAUUUCACGUUAUGGGAUGGGAUUUUUACGUACAGUUCAAAAGAUUUGGGAAAAGAGACUUGGUUUGGCCCAAAUUUGUCAAUUGAUAUGGAUAAAAACACGAAUUUCCGAUGGGCUCUUGUCUUCUGUCGGAUCACGCAAAAGACAGAAGCACUCUUCAACGCAACUCAAAGAGAUCUUUUUUAUUUGGAUGAAAUCGUGUCAUAUACAGUCUCAGUAAAUCCCGAGAAUUACACUUAUUUUGUCACAUUUGUGCAUACUCUUGGCUACGAAUACGCUCAACUUACGAUUUUACCGUAUAUUGAUGAUUCAACGCCGGAUUGUCAGAUGACUCUUUACUCUUAUGGGAAUUCCGAAAAUCAUGACUCAUCCCUUGUCAACUUUGUUGACAGUGCUGUUUUAAGUUUCGUAGCAACUGUUGAAGUUCCACCCGGAUGUUCGGGAUCAAUCUGGGCAACUACGCUGCGUGAAUUCAACUUCAACACCGUUUCCCUUGAGGAAGUCCCAAUUCAUCAGGGUUUCGUGAUGAGUCAAGGAUAUCCACGUGCAAAUGAUCUCGAGAAAGAGAGACCCAUUGAGAUCACCUAUAAAGUUGAUGAUUUAUUUGAAAGACGAGAAGAGACGCAAUUUGUUGUUGAUUUGGUGAAAAUGGAAAAAAGUGGAUUCUUGGAGAUAAAUAUUGGGAAAGAUGAUCAUAUAAAUGUGACAACCUUAACGACCAGUCUAGGCUUUGAAGGACAAGGUGCGGAGAUGGAGCUUCUCUACAAAACGGAAAACAAUGGGAGUUUUCUUUUGCGGUUUGAAUCAAGAACCCCAAUUGAGCCAAAGGAAUCAACAAUGGCUACAGUGACACCAAAAACAACGGGAGAAACCACUACAACCACAAGUAAACCAACGCGAUCACCGUUCUCUUUGAGAACUCUUGGAACUUUCACUUUUCCACCGAUUACCCGUCAUACAAGUGAG